AUGACCCUGCGGCGGCGGCGRCGGCGGCGGCUCCGGCCGAAGGACGAUGAGGAACCGCCGGUGGCGGCUCCGGAGCGUCCCGGGCCCGCCGAGCUUUACCGGGCGCUGGCGGCGGCCGGUGGGACCCUGCCCCGAGUGCGCAAGGACGCGGGGUUCAAGUGGGCGUCCCCGAGUCAGUCCCCGGAGGAGCACAGGUAGGGACAGGGGACACGGGAGCGGGCCCCCUCCCCAUUCCAGACCUACGGGCUGCACCACCAGGACAGGAACAGCGUGGAGAUGUUCACCUUCGUGUGCCGGGUGCACGACGGGAGCCCGGCCGAGGCCGCGGGGCUCAAAGCAGGGGACACCAUCACGGGGGUGAACGGGCUGAACGUGGAAGGCAUCCGGCACCGGGAGAUCGUGGAGAUCAUCAAGAGCUCGGGGAAUGUGCUCCGGCUGGACACUCUCUAUGGGACAUCCAUCCGCAGAGCCGAGCUGGAGGCACGGCUGCAGUACCUGAAGCAAACCCUCUACGAGAAGUGGGGCGAGUUCCGCUCGCUGAUGGUGCAGGAGCAGCGGUUGGUGCGGGGCGUGGUGGCCAAGGAUCCCAGCAUCUACGACACGCUGGAGUCCAUCCGCUGGUGCCUGCAGGGUGAAACGGGGCUGGCGGGGGGCUCCUCCCGCGCCAGCGGCAGCGAUGACUCCCUGUACCAAACCUGCGUGUUCGCCUCGGCCAGCUCGCUGGACGGCGACAAGGACAAGGAUGACGACAAGGAUCAGGACAAAGAUGAGGACAGCAGGGGUCCCGCGCCACCCCCACCGCGCCCCCSCCCCACCCUGGCCCGCAGCGCCAGCCUCAAAUGCGCGGGGGGACCGGGGGCUGCGGGGAGGCUUUGGGCCCGGGCCGGGGAACCGGGGGAGGGGGCGGCCGCCCCCCGAAAGGGCCGGCACAGCAGCUUCCGCCAGCGGCUGCUCAAGUUCAUCCCGGGCUUGAACCGAGCUCUGGAGGAGGAGGAGAGUCACCUGUAGCCGGCGGUGCCCGGCCCGCCAGGACUUUUUUAUUUAUUUAUUGCGAGGGGGGCGUCGUUCCCCCGGCUCCCAUCCCGUGGAAGGAGGUUUGGGUUGGCCCCGGGGGUCCCGAUUUGACCCCUCCGGAUGCUGAGGGAUGGACACGACAGCGAGGGACAGACGUGAGGAUCGUUCCGAGGCAGCUCACG